AUGUUCACCCUGACACCCGGCCAAUACCGGUACAUUGCGGUUGAUGAGGAUUCACAAGGUGGAUGGGCUGCUGCUCCGGGAGUUUCUAUACCUCUCGAUUCGCAAGGCGGUUAUGCUUCAACUUGGGGCGAAUUUGACUUUGGUUCGUCCAUCAACUCUGGUUGGUCAGGAUUUGAUGUGUCCGCUAUCGCUGCACAGAAUGCGGGUCUAUCGGUGCAAGGGAUGAAGAUCUGUGACGUCCUCACAGCCAUCUGCUCUUAUAUCACGAAAGAUGCCACCGAUGUUCAUAACGCCUACAUUCGUGCCCUUGCCGGAGUGGGGGUAUUGGGGGAAACCUUUCGCCUGGGCCAGUCAGACUCGCAGUCACCAUCGAUUAUGAUGUAUCCUCUUAGCUAG